UACUCUCUACGGUGAAACCGCUCCCGAUCUCCUUCACACUACGACCUCGCUCCGAUCUCAUUCUCGCUGCAAUCUCGCUCCGUUCACGAUCUCGCUCCGACAUGGACUCGAUUCUCUUCGUUGCAUGUGAAAAUGCAUUGUGGUGCAUUGGUAAUAAUGAUGUUCAAAAGCUUGGAAGAAGUGUUUUUCCUGAAAAUUUGAAGGCUACUACUAUCAGCGAGAUAACUAGACUCAGGAACGUUGCAAUGACAUCAAUUACUUCACCUUUUGUGGUUGAUGAACGGACUAUCCAGAUGUCGGUAAGUCUACAACAAGAGACAUAUACUUUACUUCAGUGGUUAGAUACCAAAGUAGAGAAAGCUGGAGAACGUAUAUUUCGUGUUGGUUCAGUUCGCUACAGAAUGGAUCCUUCCAGGCGGACACUUCAGAGGAUUUUAGAUGAUGAAUCCCUGUCCUCUGCCUCAAUCAAUUCAGGUUUGGCGUCCAAAAAAGGUUCCAUUCCAAGGAGAUUAGUGUUUGGAAAUGAUGAAUAUGUCUGAAUUGGCAAUGGGAACCAACUUAUCAGAGACCCAAAGAAACGAACUAGAAAAUUGGCAAAUGAAAAAGUUAGACGAAGCUUGCACACUGCCAGGCAGCGGUUGGCUCGUAAGCAGAAGUACUGUCAGUUUUUCACAAGAUUUGGGAAAUGUAACAAGGAUGAUGGAGGGAAGUGUCCUUACAUUCAUGAUCCCUCAAAAAUUGUUGUCUGUACUAAGUUCCUGAAGGGUUUAUGUUCUACUCCAAACUGCAAAUUGACUCAUAAGGUUUUGUAAUAUAUGGGGUCCAACGAAUUGAAUGUGGUCACUGCAUUUGCCGAUCUGCAAACUAAAUAUUGAGUUUAAUUGAUUUUUUGUGCAGGUUAUUCCGGAGAGAAUGCCUGAUUGUUCAUACUUUUUGCAAGGCCUAUACUCAAACGAAAGUUGUCCAUAUAGACAUGUCAGUGUGAAUCCUAAGGCAUCUAUUUGUGAAGGUUUUCUUAAGGGUUAUUGUGCUGAUGGGAAUGAGGAACCCCUUAAGAAGGUUGAUUUUACUUACAUGAAUUCUAUCAUGGCAAUGAUGAAGGAUCCUGAAGUUGAUAAAUCAUUUGGAUGGGUGCUUGAAAUGU